AUGGUCCCUCCGCCUCCUGCUUGGGUCCAGGCCCUCAAGCCUGCCGGCCCUCAGGGCUCAGAACUGCUGCAGAAGGAACGCGCUCAGUCGAAUGUCCCUGUCGACAAGCUGGCUGAGCUGAUCCACAGCAAGCCCGUCCUCGAGCGGCAAGAGAAGCUCCUCUCGGUGCUCCAAUCCGAUCCCGUCUUCGAUAAAUCGCAGAACUAUUCCCUAGGACGCGUCGAGCGCAUCCAGCGUGCCCUGGCCAAGGGCAAGCGUCUGCAACAGCUGUCUGUGGAGCGAAAGUGGUCGGCAGACGAAUACUAUGCCGCUGCAGACCUGAUCGCGGAGCCGACCCCGUACGGUCUCCAUGCGACUAUGUUCCUGGUCACUCUUCGAGAGCAGGGAACUCCAGAGCAGCACAAGCUCUUCCUGCACCGGGCAGAGAAGUACGAGAUCAUCGGAUGCUAUGCGCAGACGGAGUUGGGCCACGGUUCAAACGUCCGUGGUCUCGAGACGACCGCGACCUGGAGCCCCGAGGACAAGACCUUCAUCAUCAACUCGCCCAGCCUGACUGCCUCCAAGUGGUGGAUCGGCUCUCUGGGUAGAACUGCCAACCACGCCGUGGUGAUGGCUCAAUUGAUCAUCGAUGGAAAGCCCUACGGACCCCAUCCUUUCGUCGUCCAGAUCCGAGACAUGGAGACACACCAGCCGUUGGAGAAUGUCUACGUGGGCGAUAUUGGUCCCAAGUUUGGAUACAACACCAUGGAUAACGGUUUCCUGCUGUUCAACAACUACAAGAUCCCCCACGUCAACAUGCUCGCUCGAUUCGCAAAGGUCGACCCCGCCACCAACAAGUAUCUGCGCCCGGCGAACCCGACGCUGAUCUAUGGUACUAUGACCUGGGUGCGAUCCAACAUCGUCCUCCAGGCAGGAAGCGUCCUGGCCAAAGGUGUGACCAUCGCUACCCGGUAUUGUGCCGUUCGACGACAGUUCUCCGACCAGGAUGCCCCCAAGAAUGCGGGCGAAACCCAGGUCCUGAACUACAAGAUGGUCCAGGUCCGUCUAUUGCCUCUGCUCGCAGCAACGUAUGCAUUGCAUUUCACCGGGCGUGGAAUGAUGGCCCUGUAUGAAAAGAACCAGGCGCGGAUGAAGGCCCCCGCAUCACAGGACCAGGAGAAGAGAGGACCGGCUCCCGAGGCCCUCCGCGCCGGAGCUGACCUCCUCGCCGAUCUCCAUGCUACGUCCUGUGGUCUGAAGGCCUUGGCCAGCACUACGGCCGGUGAAGGUCUCGAAGUCUGUCGACGAGCCUGUGGUGGUCACGGAUACAGCAGCUACAGCGGCAUCGGUUCAUGGUACGCUGACUACCUGCCCACCCUCACCUGGGAGGGUGACAACUACAUGUUGACCCAACAGGUUGCACGAUACCUUCUGAAAUCCGCCCGUGCCGUGCUUGCGGGUAAGGCCGGCGACAACGACACGAGCCGCAUUCUGCAGUCGUUCAUUGACCGCCGAGAGAAGGGCGCUUCAUUUGACGUCCUCGAAGUGGACGAGGAAAUUGUCGCCGCAUUCGCCUGGCGCACCGCAUACCUCACAUUCGAGGCGCUAAAGCAACGCGACGUAGAGAAGCGCUCGUGGAACAGCCUGCUGGUGGACUUCUGGCGUCUGUCCACUGCUCACUCUCAGUACCUCGUGGUGAAGAACUUCUACGAGGCUGUUUCGUCGCCCGACACGGCUGCCCAGAUCGACCCGGAGACUGUCACUCUUCUGCACAAGCUGUUCCGUCUGUACGCCCUGCACACGCUCGAGCGAGAGGCUGCCGACUUCUUCACCUCAGGCGCCGUCACCACGCGCCAGAUCACACUCACAAGGAACAAGGCCGUGAUGAAGCUGCUGGACGAGAUCCGGCCGCACGCGGUAAACCUUGUAGACGCGUGGAAGUUCCCCGACUGGGUGCUGGACAGCAGUCUGGGACGCGAAGACGGCGAUGUCUACCGGGAUCUCUUCCGCCGGGCCAGUCAGGAAAACCCGGUUAACGAGCUGAUCUUCGAUCCAUACCCAUGGAACAAGAACGUGUUGAAGAAUGGUGCGGCGCGCAGCAAGCUGUGA